AUGAUAGACCCCUCUCUAAUUUAUUCGGACAAGAGUCACUCUUGUGACUUAGAAGAGCUAAAACAACAUGUGCUAUCCAGGUCCGAGAAACCUGUUCCCAGCAAAAAAGUCAUGGAGCCUUAUUUAAACAGAAAACCAACCAACUGGCCUGCCUUUUUAGAAGAUAUUGAUAGAAGGGGUCUCUCUGCUGAGAAAUUACUCAUUGGCUUAAAAGGAAAAGAAAGAGAACUGAAGAUAAAAGAUGUAAGCAGAGAAAAACAAAUAGAUCUAAACGAAACCGAGUUUAAGAAUAGGUUUCGUCUUAGUAAAGAAGCUUUUAUUUUCUUAUGUGAUAAAUUACGUCGAAAGAUUUCUUUGAAGUCAACCAAACGAAUUAGCUUAGAGAACCACGUCCUUUGUGCAUUGUCUUUUUACGCUACUGGAUCGUACCAAAGACUAGUUGGAAUGGCAAAACAUUUAGGUCAAACUACAGUCAGCAAGUACGCACAAGAAGUGACCGAUGCACUUGUUAGUCCGCCAAUAUUGUAUACCUUACAAAUAUAUGGAACAAUUUUGUUUCUUGAUUUUUUUCUCUAAGAUUUCACUCGAAUAUCAUAAUUCAUAAUAUAUUUCAAUAAUUUUAAUUAAAACGACGUUUAGUUUCAAAGACGGC